AUGAAAAAAUCACAGAAAUGCUUAAACUAUCAGAACGAAGUUUAUAAUAAACUAGAAAUAACAUCAUCUCAAGUUUUAAAAGGGAAAAUAAUUGAGAAGGAUGAAUAGGUCAAUUAUUUCGAAAUACAUUUAGAUAAAUGGUUAAUUCAAGAGAUUAAUUUGCAAUUACUAAUCGACAAAUCAUAAGAGAUCUUGUAGCAGUAAUAGGAGCAAUUAUAACUGCAUUCUCCGGCAUGUCUAAAAAGAUCAAAUUCGUUUGAAGACUUAUAAUAGAAAUUAAACGAAUACAUUGAGCAAUAUAUCUAGGACAUCAAAGAGCCGUAACAUUUUUUAGACACGUAUUCGUUAUAGAGUUCAGAAAUCUGCGAUGAUGAAUUUUCAUAGCACUCCAUCGAUUUGUGCUAAAGAAUAUAUUAAGUAGAAGUAUAUUAAUUCGUUUUUAGAGAAUAAAAGCUCAGUUAAAUCUAUCAGUCAUCUAAUCCAACUCAGUUGAAUAAUCAAUUACUAUUCCUUCCCCAAAAAAUAAUGAUUCAAUUCAGAUAAUGA